AUGGCUCCUCCACAUGACACAGCUGCGCUCUCUCUGCUUCCACAGAAACUGCUUCCUUCCCUGUCGACCUCACUGGAGGAGAUCUUUACCCACUGGCAAAAAACUCCCUCCAAUUCCAGGAGAAGGAAGGUGAGUGAUGUGGAGGCAGUCAUCCCAGAAAAGAUCAGAGUUCCUGAUCCUGUGAGCAGCUCUGAGAGCUCAGAGAAAGAAGAGGAUGAGAAAGAGAAGACAAAAGCUGUCAAGGCCAGCAUUCCCCUGGUCACAAACUCAGCAGCGAACAUAGAAAGCAGUGAGGAUGAUGACUCUUCAUCAGAAGAAGAGACGUCAGCUGGAAAAGAUGUAAUUACGGUGAAGCCAGCUGCGGUGAGUGGCAAAGCUGCCAACUCCCUGCAUUCUCCUAGUAAACCCACUGCUCCGACAGACAAGGCAGCGGUGGCCUCUGCUGCACACAGAGCUGUGGUCUCAAAUAAGCAGAAGCCCAAUACACCAGCUGUGUCUGCACCUCUGGCCAAGGCUGGGCAAAAGCUGGCCUGUCCUGAGAAGCUGGGACAUGCAGUAGCAGCCCUGGGCACAGCGGGUCAGAGCAAAGCACCAGUAACGACCAAUGCAGCGGAGAGCUCCGACAGCAGCAGCUCAUCAGAGAGUGAAGAAGAAAAGGAGACACCAGCAGUGAAUUCAGUAGCCCCCAAAGUGGAGCUGAAGCAGGCGGCUGGGGCGGCUGAGAGUAGCAGUGAGGAAUCAAGUGAUGAGACAUCCUCUGAGGAGGAGCUCACAACUCCAGCAGUCCAGGCAAAACCAGCUGUGAAAGCAGUGCAGGUUAAUGCAGCACCUGUGAAAAGCGUGCCUGCCGCUGCAGCGUCCACCAAGAAGAACGCAGUGAGGCAAACAGCAGCGGCACCAAACCAGACCAAGCUUGGAACAACAACGGUUCUUGGGGCUGCAAAGCCUGAUGACAGUUCAGAGAGCAGCGACUCAUCAGACAAUGAAAAUGAGGAACCUGCAUCAGUAACCCAAACAAAGCCACCUACAAAAUCCUCCCAGGCCAUCACAUCCCCAGUGAAACCCACACCGGCAGCAUCGCUCUCCAGCAAAGCAGCUCCAGCAAAAGCACUUCCAUCAGCCCAAGGAAAGCCAGCACCAAAACCAGCAGUGCCAAAGCAGGGCAAAACUGGGCUGGGAAGGACUGCCGUUCCCGCAAAGCCUGCUGAAAGUACGAAGCCGGUGGAGAGCACUGAUUCCUCAGACAGUGAAGAGGAGGAUCUCCCUGUGCCUGUCAGCCAGAAGGUUGGUGAUGCCGCAUUCAGCUCAGUCUUGAAAGAUGAGAGAUUAACAGAACAGCCUGGACAUGUUCCCAACCUGAGCCAGGCUGCUCAAGCUGGGGGGCCUGAAAAGGCAGUGGGAGGCACCUUGAAAAACCAGACCUCAGAGAGCGGGAGCAGCAACUCAUCUGACAGUGAAGAAGAGACCCCUGUGGCACAGAAACAGCCUCCACCAGCUGUGAAAACCAAUGCUGUGCCCAAGCUGACAAGCGGGAAGAAGGCGCCAGCGCCAGUGCCAGCACCAGCCCCUCCACCUGCAGAGAGCAGUGAUGAUUCCAGUGAGGAGUCAGAUUCAGAGGAGGAAAUAAUCCCUCCUUCGCAGAGUCUGUCCCAGCAGAACAUCAAACCAACCAAGGUUGUAAGUACAGUGGCUGCCAAGGCUAAUGCCACACUGCCUUCGGGGAAGGGGAUAAAAGCACCUGCUGUCCCUCCAGCCUGCAGAGUAUCAGAGAGCUCGAGUAGUGAUUCCUCUGAGAGCGAUGUGCUUGUGAGAGAGGUUCUUCCUCCUCCAUGCCUGAAGCAGACAGCUCCCAUGGGGAAAGGCCCUCCAACUGACACUACUGCUCUGCAGGCUGCCUCAGUUCUGAGAAAUCCCACUGCUGUGCUGAGGAAGCCAGGCCUGCAGCCUGCUCCGGACACCAGGCUAAGCCAGGCUGUGCCACCCACGCAAGCAGAGGAGACAUCAGACAGUAGCAGUUCCUCUGACAGUGACGAGGAGGAGACGCCCAAGCAGCUCCCCAAACCUGGCAUUCUGCAGAAACCAGGAGGGACUGAGCCAGCCCACAGCUCCUCCUCGGAGUCCAGCGAGGAAGAGGAGGCAGCAUCACAGUCCCUCCUCACAGGCUCCCUGGGCCUCUCCAAGGUCCCAGCAGCACCUCAGAUACCAAAGACGGUUCCCUCCUUGCCUGUAGGCAAGGCAGGGCAAGGGAAAGUAGCAACGACUGCUGCUAACCCACUCGCCAAGGCCUCUGUAACAGCAGCCCCAGGCGACAGCUCCAGCAGCGACAGCAGCGACUCUGACACAGAUGUUGAGCAGAUGCCUGCAGGCCACAAAGCAGAAGACAAACCCCCUCCAGGGCAGGAAGCCACGGGACCUUCUGGCAAAGAGAAGGCAGCAGGGAAGACAGCACUGAGUCAUGCCAGCCUCAAAGCUUCCCCAGUCAAGAAAGCCCUAGCGGUGAAGCAGAAUGAUGUUGGAGCAAAAGGGACGCAAGCAACCCCGUUGUCAUACACGCUCCUCUCCAUCCCAGAGUCAGAGGAGACGAGCUCAGGGAGUGAAAGUGAGGUUACCACUGCUGCCAAAAUCCCUGCAGUGCAAACACUGGGUGGGUUGGAAGAGAAGAAGAAAAAAAAGAAGGAGAAAAAAGAAAAGAAGGAAAAGAAGAAAUCCUCCUCCACAGCAGACAAGGCUGUGAAAACACCCAAGAGCAAGGACAAAGAGAAUAAGAAGCAGAAAGCCUCCCAGAAGCGGAAACUGCCAGGAGAGGAUGGGGCUGUUGGGCAGCCCAAAGAGAAGAAGCGGAAAGGGCAAACUAGUGAAGAAGUGCCCAAAAAGAAAAAGAAGAAAGCGACUGGUGACCUGGAGAAGCUGCCAGGGAGCAAGGAGAAGAAAAAAUCCAAUAAAAAAAAAAAGAAUGGAAAGGAAAAGAAGAAGAAGAGCAAAAAAGCAUCUUCAGAAGGGGAGCCGAUAGCAGAUGGCUCUGCUGAAGUUCACAAGAAGAAGAAGAAGAAGAAGAAAACAGCCGAGUCAGCACAAUUGUUGUGAGAAGGUACCGUAUCCCUGUGAUUAAGGAUUUAUGAGUGAAGAUCAAGCAGAAGAGAGGAAAAAGAAGCCCAUCAGGAGAAUUCCAACUUUUUUUUUAAUAGUAAUUUAUAACUCCUUCUUUUAACUGUGACUUUUAGAGCAGAGUGGUGUAACUUUCUGCCUCCUCCUGUCCUGCUGGGGCCUGGAGAAGUGUUUUAUCGCCCCUCCUGAUGGCUCACCUGUUGCACUAUAACUGAACUAAAGGAGGCAGUUUGACCAGAGAAGAGCCAGCUUGCAUAAACUGCUUUCCUCCUAGUUGACACCCAGCCAUCUCUUUCUCUUCACAGAGCUAUAUUUUUAAGAGGAAACUUUUACUCUUUCUUUUUUUUUUUUCUUCUUCCUGUGAUUUGUGGUGUCGGUCUUUUUGCUACCUAUGGAAGAGAGCUGUUGGGUUUACUUUUUAUUCUGACACUGACGACAACGAUUAUCCCAUCCCUGGAGUUGUGCUGUGCAGCUGUGCCCAGCAGCUGUUCUCAGCCAAGGCUGUGUAAUUUUCUGUGGGGGUUUUUUAUGGAAUAUAAAAUAAAAGAGAAACGGUGA